UCUGUGCCUGGACAAAACUCACUGCAGGGGCUGGACGCGGUCCCGUGAAGACCGGGGGAGAGCUUUUGCUGUGUUAUGACCCCUUUAUGUGAAUAAAACCCACACUUCAUGAGCGCUGGAUUAUAAAGGAAAACGUGAUUCUUGGCCAUAACUACACAAGCCAUCUUUAAAGUGGAUGACAGCUUACAGAAAGUACAUCCUCUGCUGGCAUGAUAUGGCCCCUGAUCUGAGCUGUCCCAGCACCAGCUACUCAUAACACCCAAGCAGACCUCAGUAAACGCUGGGUUGGUUUGAGCUGGUCCAGCAGAGAUGAUCACAUCCCAUAUGAACGGUUUUGUACAAGAGCCCUCUGGUCAGAUGAAGAGCCACAGGGAGAGGGCGGUGGACUGUCCAGGGGAGGAGGGUGGCCUUGUCAAAUCUCCAAACUGCAGUACACAAAUGGAGAGGAUCCAGCACUACCAGGAGGAGCUGAGGAAGAAGAGAGAGGAAGACAACAGGGCGAAGCACGACAUCGACCCCAACGCUUCGCUGAGACUCAAGAAGCUGUCACAGAACCCCAAAGUGGGCAUCGACAAUCCCACCUUCGAGGGGAAGGAAAAAGCCAAGAAAGAGGUGUCCGCCCAGGUUCAUGUAGCCGAACUGGAGGAGUUCCUGCAGGCUCUGAAGUGUGUGCAGCACAGCCUGACUGACACCCAGAGCCAGCUGGAUGUUGAGCUGGUACUGCAGCUUCUUGCCAAGGAGGACUUCAAGAAUGCCUACAACAUCUACAACGCUGUGUCCCAGAAUAUGAACAGAAGCAACACCUCCUCACCUCUCACAGUACAAGCACAGGACCUCUGCCAGGAGGUGCAGAAGAUUCUUCAGUCUAACCAGCAGAAGGAGGGUUUGGAGCUCAAGGCUCUGCUCACCAAUCCUCAUCUCCAGGCACUCAUGCAGGUCCAUGACAGUGUGGCAGUACACGAAAUGGAAGAGGAAAACGUGACCCAGUAUCUCGGAGAGACGGUUAAACUGGUGCGCCUGGAGAAGACCCGCGACACUCCGCUGGGUGCGACAGUACGUAAUGACAUGGACAGUGUGGUGGUGAGCCGUGUGGUGAAAGGCGGGGCGGCAGAGCGGAGCGGCCUCCUCAGUGAGGGAGAUGAGAUCCUGGAAAUCAACAGCAUUCCUGUUCGUGGGAAACACGUCAAUGAAGUCCACGAUUUACUGCAACAAAUGCAUGGCACGCUUACCUUCCUCCUCAUCCCAAGCUCUCAGAUUAAACCUGCCCCGCACAGACAGACUGUGAUGCAUGUAAGAGCUUACUUUGACUAUGACCCAUCUGAUGACCCCUUCGUUCCGUGUCGGGAGCUGGGCCUGUCCUUCCAGAAGGGAGACAUCCUCCACGUCAUCAGCCAGGACGACCCCAGCUGGUGGCAGGCCUACAGGGACGGAGACGAGGACAACCAACCAUUGGCUGGACUCGUUCCAGGAAAAAGUUUCCAGCAACAGAGAGAGACCUUGAAAAAAACUAUAACAGACAGGAGUCGAGAGCCCCAAGGGAAGCUUUGGUCUGCAAAGAAAGGCAAGAAACAGAGGAAGAAAAGUGUCUCUACCUUUAGCAAAACUACUGACCUUGAUGACAUCCUGACCUAUGAGGAGAUGUCCCUUUAUCACCAGCCUGCCAAUCGUAAACGCCCCAUCGCUCUGAUUGGUCCCACAAACAGCGGGCACGAUGAGUUGCGUCGGAGGCUUCUGUCCAUUGAACCGGAAAAGUUCGCCGUCGCUGUUCCACACACAACCAGAAACCCAAGGAUACAUGAGCGGAACGGGCGUGAGUACAAUUUCGUGAGUCGACCCGGCUUCGAAAGCGACAUGUCAGCGGGGAAGUUCAUUGAGUCUGGGGAGUAUGAGAAGAACCUGUACGGCACCAGCACCGACUCGGUCCGACACAUCAUCAACUCCGGACGCAUCUGUUUGCUCUGCCUGCACACCAGGUCGUUGCGGGUGCUAAGAUCGUCCAACCUCAAGCCCUAUGUCAUCUUCAUCGCUCCUCCUUCUCAGGAACGACUACGCACCCUGCUGGCCUCAGAGGGAAAAACACCAAAGCCGGAAGAGCUGAAGGAGGUCAUUGAAAAGGCCCGGGAGAUGGAGCAGAAUUUCGGCCACUUCUUCGAUGCAACCAUUGUGAACACGGAUCCAAGCCAGGCUUUCCAUGAGCUGCGCAGGCUGAUAGAAAAGCUGGACACUGAGCCACAGUGGGUGCCCACCUCCUGGCUGUGCUAGAGGUCACAGGAUCUCACUGGAGGGAGCCUCAGGGCAGGAGGAGAGAAACAAAAGAGCAAAAGUGAAUGUUCCCAGGGGCACGGUUGAAUCAAAAGGAAAGACAGUGGUAAAUUGUCACUGGGCUUGCACAUUCUCCUCGUUUGUAGAGGAGGUGAACAUUACCACACGUUGCAGGGAUGGACUCACAUUUCUUACACUUUUUGUUGGUGUGUCUGUCUUUGUGAGUGAUUUUAUUUUUUUUUCUUCUUUGUUUUCUGAAAGUUCUCGUCGAUCUGACAGGUUUACGCAAAUUUAUCGAACAAAUAGAAACUCUUCUAUCCUAUUCUUAACUUAUUUAAAAUUGUAAAUACAUAUUUUCUAGACAGAAAGGAUCCAAAUAUUUUAUCGUUACAUUUUGUGCGUGUGAUGUGAAAAACGGUACGCUCAGCUGGGAGUGUAAAUGUCACGAGAAGCACUUGCUUAAAAGUGUGAUGUCUUCCUUUCAGAAAUACAGAAGAAAAACCUGGACCGCACCAGUCUCAGUAUUAUUUUGUUUUGUCUCUUUUACGCUGUGAUGACAGACCUCAAAUAAAAGGUUUUGUCUCUGGCUGGUUAUCAUUACUAGCUAUAUCAUGCUGCAAAGUAUUGUGAAGAUUGAGUGGGU